AUGGGAUUCCUUCUUGCAAUUUUCUUCUCAUUCUUUACUUCUUCGAUUCUUAAUAGAACUCUUCCAGUUAGCUCAAAAACGGCAGUUCUUGAUGUCUUUGCUGCAUUACAAAAAACCCAAGAGCUAUUUUUGCUGAACUCCCAAAGUGUACUACCAUCGAAGCGGAGUGUACACGACCAGGAACCCUUUGUGUCUUCUGGUUCUUCACUCAGUUAUCAGAUCCAUUCUCGCUUGGCAAUCCAUGAAACUUCAUACAAUAAUUACAAGGAACUAACCUUGGAUCGACUCAAUCGGGGCUCUAUCCGUGUCAAGGCGCUUCAGACUUGGGUAGAUCUGGUGUAG